AUGAUCUCACGAAACGGGAGCUCCCGAGGAUUCUCGCUCCUCUUCUUGUUGCUAUUCUGGUCUACCACGAGCUCUCUGGCCCUGGGCCGACGAUACAUUCGCCCUCUUCCAGACCCUGUCAAGGCCGAGCUGAUGUCCGAGGAGACUACCAGCCACGUGGCCCCCAACACCCGACAGCAGCAGCUUCAGCAGCUCCAGCGUGUUUAUUGUCGGGGUAAGCUGCUGCACGAUGUGCAGAUGCAAGAGCUCUUCCCUGACAGCAAACACUUCGUGGAUAUGCCCAUCAAGGCCACGUCGUCGGUAGAUGAAGUUCUGACUCAAUUCAAGGAGCUCAAGGCGAGUUUUAGUAACGAGACAACAGGAACAGAACGGAAAGCGCAACUCGCUGCGUUCGUAGACCAGCACUUUGACGCUCCAGGAGCAGAACUGGUGCCAGUCACCCCGCCAGACUACAAGGAGGGCGAAAUACCACACAAGAUCAAAGAGAUUAGAGAUGGACGUCUGCGUGGAUGGGCGACGGAAGUCCACAAACUGUGGAAGGUGCUCGCUCGCGUCCCUGCGUCUGCCUCUGCGGACCAAGCGUCUAGGAGCUCAUUUCUUCAUUCGCUUCCUAUUGCAGCACCGGAUGACCCUCAAAACGCACUGGCACGUCGAUUCAACGGAGAAAACGUGCUCGUUGUGCCCGGUGGUCGCUUCCGUGAGAGCUACUAUUGGGAUUCGUACUGGAUUGUCCAGGGACUUCUCGUCAGCGGGCUGCGUCAAACUGCUCGCGGAGUCGUGAAUCACUUGCUUGAAUAUGUGGCGGAGUUUGGCUUCGUUCCCAAUGGCGGGCGUGUCUACUACCUCGCACGCUCACAGCCGCCAAUGCUCUCAGAUAUGGUGCGUGUAGUUGCGAAGCUGGACGAUGGAAAUGGCUCAGAUGACUGGGACCUUCAAUACUUACGAGCUGCGGUGCCCUUACUUGAGCGAGAGUACGACUUCUGGAUGCAUCGAGGCGUCCACGGCCAUGCAGUUGAGGUCCCAGGAUCAAGUGAGACCUUCGUGCUCAACCGCUACGUCGCACAUGCUGACGAACCUCGACCUGAAUCAUACCGUGAGGAUAAAUCACUGUACAACGACAUAAUCGCAGCGGCAGAAAGCGGCUGGGACUUCAGCAGUCGAUGGUUCAGCGACUACUCUACUUUAAAUACGAUCCGCACUUCGAGAGUGAUUCCUGUUGAACUGAACGCCAUUUUACACCGCGUGGAGCUCAACCUCGCAACAUUCCACGAGCUACUGGGAAAUUCCGAUGCAUCGGCACGGUUUCGGGACGCAGCGAAGACUCGCGUGAGAGCGAUGGAUGCUAUUUUAUGGAGUGAGUCGGAUGGAUGCUGGAAGGACUAUUUGUUGGACUCCCGCGAGCAUUCUCCAGUGGUAUCCAUGUCGAACUAUUCUCCGCUGUGGGGUGGAGCUUUUGAUGCUUCUGUUGCUUCUCGAUUGGAGAGAAUCGUGAUAUCAUUAAAGAGAUCGGGGCUAGUACAGGAGGGAGGUAUCCAAACCACGACGUCCGUCACUGGACAGCAAUGGGAUGCACCAAACGCGUGGCCACCGCUGCAAGAUAUCAUCAUUGAAGGCUUGCUGACGGCAGGAACAGCAACAUCGCGCGCUCUUGCGAAAAGUCUCGUGCAAACGUGGGUCAGGGCCGGAUUCGUAGCCUGGCAGAAAACUGGGCUCAUGUUUGAGAAGUACAACGCUCUGCAGCUUGGGGGUGUAGGAGAUGGCGGCGAGUACACACCGCAGUUUGGUUUUGGCUGGUCGAACGGCGUCAUUCUUACUUUCCUGACCAAGUAUCAAGAGCAAAUUGGUGAUGCGGCUGAUUCGUUUGGCUCCCCAACGACCUCUAAAGUAGUAUUUAAAAAAUACGACCGAUUGCUGUUUUAA